UCGCACGAGCCAAUGAGCUAUGAGAAACAUAUAGAAUGCAGUGCUGCCGACACAUGUCACUGGUUAAGAACGAGACUAGUGUAUCCCGGCUCCACUCAAAGUUCACAGUUCAGAGAAUUGCAUAAAAUAAUAGUCGCUAUAAUAAAAAUGCCGGGUAAAGUAACAGCAAAAAUAGGACCAUCUAUCCUUAAUGCGGACCAAUCAAGAUUGGCUGAAGUAACGCAAAAAUUGUUGGAUGAUGGUGCCGAUUAUCUUCAUUUGGAUGUGAUGGAUGGCAAGUUUGUCCCACGAACAGUUCUAGGAUCACAAGAGGUCAAGUGUCUGAGAUCGAAAAUCAAGGAUGCAUUUUUUGAAACACAUAUGAUGGUUGCUGAGCCUGAAACGUGGAUUGAACAAAUGGCAGAUGCUGGAGCCGAUCAAUUUACUUUUCAUGUAGAACCUGUAGCAAAUGUUUCAUUGGUCUGUCGUAAAGUAAGAGAAGCUGGUAUGAAAGUAGGUGUAGCUUUGAAACCUGGAACACCUGUUUCAGUUGUCACCGAUUAUAUAGAUUUAGCUGAUAUGGUGUUAGUUAUGACAGUUGAACCAGGCUUGGGAGGUCAAAAAUUUAUGGAUAAUAUGAUGCCAAAAGUAUCUUGGUUAAGAGAAAACUAUCCAGAUAUUGAUAUUGAAGUGGAUGGCGGAGUUGGUCCAAAUACUAUUGAUGCUUGCGCAAAGGCUGGUGCUAAUAUGAUUGUAUCUGGUACAGCAAUAAUAAAUUCUAAUGAUUCUGCCAAAGUUAUUCAAAAUAUGAAAUCUGUUGUAAAUAACGUUUUGGAAAAAUGUUAAAUAAAUUUAUUAUUUUUGAUUGAAAUAU